CGCCUCAAGCUCCAUCAUUGAUUUUUGUUUCUCCCUCGUUUUGCCAAGCUCUAACAUUUAGGGUUUCGCGAAAUCUCAAUCUGGUGAACAUAAUCGAAUAAAAUAAAAAACUAUCUCUUGUAAAUUAUUACGUUGGUCUUCAAUGGAUACUUCUGUAAUGCAGACGAAUCUUCCCAACGUAGAAGACGAUGAUGAAUGGGACACUGAUGGGUUUGUGAUUCCAAGCUUGGAGAUUGAAGAAGAGAAGAACGUUACUAAUGAUGAUUCACAAGCUGUUCAAACAUCAAAGCCUUCUUCUCCUAAGAUUAGAGCUGAAGAAAACAUCUACUUAGGACCACAUGGAGCUCCUCGUUCGCAGCUACAAGAUGGUAACACCACGAGCCGCAAGCAGCGGUUUAAGCAGAAGCUCAAGGAAGCAGACCAGAAGAUGAGUGUCUCUGGUCGAGAAAACAAAGUGGCCAACUUAAGAGAGCUUGUUGGCGGAGGCGUUGAGAAAGGAACUAACUACAUGGCUAAAGGUGUUUCAAGAGACUGGCUUGAUCCACAUUGCCAUGAAUCCCAAUUCGAGAAACGACAGCAUCGCUAACGCUCUUUUUUUUUGCUGUGCUUACCGGGAAACGGAAACCGCUCCCUUUCAAAAAUGCUAUGUAUGAAUCAAUAUACUCGAAAUUUCAGAGCAAUAAAACAGUCUUCAUGUCCUGUGCU